GCCCGCCUCUCCCGGAAUGGCGUGUACUGCAUAAGCGCAAGCGCCUUUUCUCCCCCUUAAUUCUAAGGAGCGCGCGCGCGCGUUUCGUCUUCGGGACUCAGUAGUGGAGCAUGUGUUUCCGUUGUCGUUGAGGUGGGAAGCCUGCGAAGAAGUCCCGGAUGCCUCUCCACGCCCAGCGUUCGCCCCACUUUACGCGCAUGCGCAUUCUGCGGAGCGUUGUUUCCUUGGCAGCUGUUGUUUGUUUUCGGCAAAACGAGCGUGAGAGGCCGCGGAGGGGGAUGAGGAAGAAACCAAGUGGCGGGGGGGAGAAGGGGCAGCCGCGGCAGUCGCAGCCCUAGUUCGAGGCCGUGCCGGAGAUCCGGUCAAAUUUCUUUCAGGCAUCCUUUUGGGGUGGAGAGGCUACCUCUUGAGCUGAACUGAAGACAAAACUGAAGACAAAAAGUUAUCAGCAUUUUUCUUGACUUGUGGACAUCAGAACUGGACACAGUAUUCUAAUGAUGGUCUGCACCAGUGCCAAAUAAAAAGAAUGUUGAACUUUAAGAAAGAAAGGUGUAGUGUAUUGAGCCAUUCUUAAUAUAGGACUGAAAAUGCCGCCAGCAGAGAGUGAGGCAAAGGCAAAAACCAAAGUUCGCUUUGAGGAAAUAUUCAGGAGUCAUUCUGGGCUAACAGAAAAAAAGAAAUCAAAGAAGCAAAAAUUUCACUCUCAUGAGAAUAUUAUGCUUGACACCUUUAGAAAUAAUCUUGAUCUAGCUAAAGAAAGUGGAAAUGAUGAGGUAAUUAUAAACAACACUUAUAAUCCUGAGGAAAAGAGCCCCCGGUUUACAAAAAACAAACUAAGAGACAAAGCCUCAGUUGCAGAAAAAAUAAACAAUGAUGUUGUUAGUGGAGAAGAAAACAAGCAACCAAAGUCUAACAAGAAGAAAAAGAAAGCAGUGUUACAAGAACAAUUUAAUGAGGAGGAAAAUGUAUAUGAAACUAAAUUGGAGAGUUUUGAAAAACAGAUUACUGAUUUUCCAGAGAAAAAAACAAAAAGUAAAUCACAAACAGAUGCAUCUCGUCAAAAAGGUAACAACAAGAUAAAAAGUACCUUGAAUGAAGUGAGAGACGUAACUGAAUUAGAAGAGGAAGAACAGCUAAUUCAAGCCUAUCAGCUGCAAGUGGCUGAGGAUGAGGCAAAUGCAAUUAAGGAGAAAAUAAGAAAAAAACUUACAGAACAGAUGUCUGAAUUCACCUCCAGUGUUCAAAGCCAAAAAGUUGUAUUGAACAAUGAAGUGGGCAAAAAGAAGAAAAAGAAGAAAGAAGUGCCAGUUGCAUCUGAAGCUGAAACAAGUGCAAUGUCCCUCGCUGAACUACAGCAUAACCCAGUGGAAGAUGAUACCACAAAAAAGAAGUCAUCAGGAAGACUGCUUGUAUCAUACUUUAAAGAUGAAAUGAACACAGAGGAACACGAGGAGGAAGAUGUGGAAAAACUGAAACCUAAAAUAAAGAAAGCAAAAAAGAAAUCUAAAAAAGCAUUAGAAGAAAACACAGAAAUUGCUGCAGAAAAUAUACAGGAAAUGAACAGUCCAGAAGUUUGUACUCAAUCCAAACUUGCUUUUGAUGACAGCCUUGUGUUAGGGGUUUACAUCCAUCGAACUGAUAGACUUAAAACUGAUCUCAUGGUUUCACAUCCCAUGGUCAAGAUUCAUGUGAUUGAUCAGAAAACUGGUUUGUAUGUCAAGAAAGAGCAUAGCAGCCGGGCGGUUUCAUCUUUUUAUGAACAAGAGCGAGUGGAGCACAUUCUUCCUAUUAUGACCCAGCCUUAUGAUUUCCGACAAUUUAAAUCAACACUUCCAGAAUGGGAGGAACAAAUCAUAUUUAAUGAACGUUUUAGUUAUUUUCUUCAAGAUACUGAAGAAAGCCCCAAAGUAGUCCUGUUUUUUGAGAUCCUUGAUUUCUUAAGCAUGGAUGAAGCAAGAGCCAACUCUGAAGUGCAAAUUCAGGAAAGUGGUUUUCACAAAAUCUCUUGGGCAUUUCUGAAGCUUGUAGGUGCAAACAGAGUCCUAAACAUUGAUGGGAAACUACGUCUGCAAUUGUAUUAUCCACCUCCAAGGACCAGGACACAGUCAAAUGUUGUUGAGGUUUUUGAUUGGUGGGAAAAGGGUCCUAGGAAUCGUUACCCAUCAACAUUAUAUGUAACUAUAAAAGGCAUAAAACUACCAGAUCAUGUAUAUCCUUCUUUCCGUUCUAUGAUGGCUGUUCAGCAGGAACAAGGUAGCACGUCAUUCUGUGAGCUCCAGAAUGAGGUAUCAAAAAAAGCUAGUGUAUAUAGUCCACAUGAGAAAAAGGAGCAAUUUAAAUGGAUGAGACUGCCUGGACAGGCUUGUCGUAUACCAAACAAGCAUCUCUUUUCACUGAGAGCAGGAGAUAUGGGCUGUUUCUGUAUUCGUUUUUCUCAAGAUGGAAAAACAUUAGCAGCAGCGUGUGCAGGGAGAGAUGGUUAUCCCAUUAUUUUAUAUGAGAUUCCUUCUGGACAAUACUUGAGAGAAUUUUAUGGCCACCUUAAUAUUGUAUAUGAUCUUUGUUGGUCAAAAGAUAAUGAGUACCUCCUUACUGCAUCCUCUGAUGGCACUGUCAGAAUGUGGAAAAUUGAGACCCAGACUACAACUUCUGUGAGAGUUUUCCCUCAUCCUUCAUUUGUUUACACUGCAAAGUACCAUCCAGUUGCUGACUAUCUUGUGGUGACAGGCUGUUAUGACUCUGUGAUUAGGGUAUGGAAUACAAAAGUGAAAGAGAUCUAUGGUCAGUUAAUACAGGAGUUUGAUGGUCACAAAAGUUUCAUCAAUACACUGUGUUUUGAUGCAGAAGGACUUCACAUGUUCUCAGGAGACAGCUCAGGGCUGAUUAUAGUUUGGAAUACCUUUGUCAAAGGAAGUUCUCAACAUCCAGUCCAACAUUGGGGUAUAAAUAAGGAAAUAAAAGAAAAUGAUAUUAAAGGGACUCCAAUAAAUCAUCUAGAGGUACAUCCGAAUGGAAGACGUUUAUUAAUCCAUGCCAAAGACAGUGUUCUGAGAAUUAUGGAUCUCAGAAUUCCAACCCCCUUGGCCCAGCAAACAAUCAGCCCAGAAUUAAAGAAAUGCAAAGACAACUUUUGUACCCACUGUCCAGAUCUGGUAUUCCUUUGCCAUUUCCAAAGCUUGGCUACAAAGAAAUACAUAGGUGCCACAAACUAUAGAGAGAAGAUUCACAGUACCUUAACACCAUGUGGGACAUUUCUUUUUUCUGGAAGUGAAGAUGGUAUAGCAUAUGUUUGGAAUCCAGAAACAGGUGAUCAAGUAGCCAUGUAUUCUGACCUCUCCUUCACAUUUCCAGUUCGAGAUGUUGCCUUUCAUCCACAUGAACACAUGGUGUCAUUUUGUGCCUUUGGUCAAAACCAGCCAAUACUUGUAUACAUUUAUGAUUAUAAAGUUGCACAGCAGGAGGCUGAAAUAGUAAAAGAUCUCAAUGGGUCACUCGCAUCAACAACAUCCAGAGGGCCACAAAUUCUUAGCAAUUCUUCUCAUAUUUCUGCACAGAAAGAUUCAACAAUGUCUCCAGCAAAUCAAUUUGUCAGUGUUGCAAGAGUAUCUAUGAGAAUGCAGAAAGUGAAGCAGAAACUUGACUCUGUUAUGACCAGCUCAAAUCUCAUGCUUCCGGCUCCAUCACUGCUCUCGCCACACUCCAAGUUAAGGCUGCCAAGUUCUCUGGGCACUUCACUGAUUCCCCCGUAUCCUUUCACUGCUCAAAACGACAGAAACACAAGAUAAAUGUGUUGACGAUGUCUUCUUACAUAGAACGAUAAACCGUGAAUGUGUGCUACCACUGUGCAUGCAUGUUUGUCUACAGUCCCAUUGUUGCCAAAAACGACUACGCUUCAGCACCUUCCUUAAAUGCAGAACGUUCUUUGUGAGGCAAAUAAAGCUGAGAAAAUACAACACUACAGAAGAUAUGCUUCUAAAGUAUCUUUCAAAUAUACAAUGGAACAACCAAAAAAUCAAGAUUUUUGGAAAAACCACAUUAGAAAGAUUAUGGGAUGCACAGACAAAAUGGGGUUUCCCAUGAGAAAAUUUGUGAGAAUCCUAAGUGACACCACUUGUCAUAUUUUCAGUUUCUAAGCUGCACUACUAUGUUUGUAGCACUGUGCUAGAAUUGUUUUCAUAGAAAUAUAAGGAAAAAGUUUCACUCAUGUAGUUUAUUUUUCAUCACCAGCUAGCAAGUAUGAAGAAAGAUACUUCAGUGUAGCUCUUACUGUUAGUUUAGUUUUAGUUUUGAAUAUUAUGGAAUUUGGACUAAAAUGGAGAUAUGAGCUUACAACAGGCUCAUCGAACCCGUGUUUCCCUGAUUACCUUGUAUUCCUGACUGUGUACUAUCUUUUUAAAAGUCGGGAUCUACUCUGGCUACUCAAAUUCAUCUGGCAUUUGGAGCAGCAAAUCAUCCUUUUAUAACAGGGAUCCUUAGUGUUCAUUGACUAUGAAAAGUUUGCUCAAGGGCCUAGUCCCUGUUUCCCCUCCAGUAUUCCUCUUUCCACCAGAACUCCUUGACAAACAGACCUUCGUGAGAUUUGAAUUUAGUACUGAGAAUACUCAGGGGGACUCUCCCUUUUGAGCCAGUGGGGAUGUAAUCCUCAAAGCAAAAUUCCUGAUGGUCACUAUAGCCUCAGUGCAACAAAGCACUUAAGUACAUCGAUAAAGAGUUAUUUUUAAGAUUUGGUUAGUGUAACUGUAUGUUAUACUACCUGUGUAAUGUUGUUCUAAUGUUUUGUGAUGAAGACCAAAUUGCAGCAUUGGCACAUGCAGCCAUCUUUAUUUUGAAGACCAUCCAGUUGCUCCCGAUAGUAUAAAACAGCUGGGUGUUCCACCUUGUGGUUAGUGACAAUGGAGGUAAUACUAAGGAUUUGUCUUGAGCUUGCAAGAUCUUGAAGAAGUAGCUAUGAAUAUUCUUUUUUAUUGCUGCAAAAAGGAAACUAGUACUGCUACAGUUUUUUUUCCAAAUGUCCCCUAGCAAUUUGAGUAGAUGUACUCCUCAAGUUACCAAACAUGUAGCAAUUUCAGCUUUUUUUCCACAUGCAUUUGGUCAAGCCUUUUCUGACACAAACCCUAAUACCCUUCUGUGUGGAAUGUCCUUUUUUUUGUAGUGUUUACAUUAUUGCUCUGGAAAUAAUUGACAUGAUGGAGCUUCUAGUGCUACCAUACUUGAUGUCAUGUUUGUUUAGAUUCAGGAGCUGAGGCAAAAGAGGACACUCUGAAGCUUUUUACAAGCCACGAUAAGAAUAAAAAUAUGCAUUAGUCUCCCUCCUCUCUUCUCCUCCAAAAAUCACACUAACCGAGAAUAUCAGUAACCCCUACCACAUAUUCUGUGUCAUGGAUAUAGUGACAUGAGUAUGUGAUGUUGUAAUAGGCUCCUUGUGGGCUAGAUGGCCUAGUGGUUAACGCUCACCCUGUUGUGAUGGCAGUAGUAUGGGAGCCUGGGCCUGCCCACUCCACCGGGCUCCGACCCAGAACCCUAGGAGGGUCAGCAGUGUUUGGCCUCCGAGGGGGCCCUCUGAGUUACCCUUCCUGGGUUACAUCCUACUUUUGCUUUUCUCCCUCAGCUUCUGGUCCCAGAUAAGAAAAAGGAAAUAGAAGCCAAACCAUCAGCCCCAAUCAGCCUCAGCAUAUAGUCCUGUUCCCACAGGGAGGCUUCUUAGGCCCCUUUUGCCAGGAGCCUUCAGGGUAGGUCUGUCUUUCUCUCCCACCUCUCCCUUCUGAGCUGGGUUGUUCCAUUUUCAACCAUGUCUUCGGUUGGAGCAUGCUCUGCAGGGCUAGAGGGAUGGGGCUACCUGGGCCCAGUACUGUCCUUUAGCCCUUUCCAGCCCCAUGUGGGGUUUGUAUACCCCAUCACACAGAUCGUCUCAUAUUUUGUCAAAAUGUUGAGAAGCUGCAUAAAUUCUUCUUUUGUACAAAAACUUAACAAGUCUGUUUUUGAAUUGGCCAUGGUAAAUAUGUUCCUGUAAGAACAAUGAGAUGCACAGAAAGGAUAUAUGUCUCUACCAUUGAAGGCAAGUCUUUGUUCAUAAGACACUGAAAAUAUUGUUCAACGCAGUUUAUCCUUCUGAAAUAUCCCUUUUCCUUUAAGAAUGAGGAGUACUUGUGGCAUCUUAGAGACUAACAAAUUUAUUUGAGCAUAAGCUUUCGUGGGCUGAAAUAUAUCUUCCUACUGUAUUUUCCACUGCAUGCAUCCGGUGAAGUGCGUUUUAGCCCACGAAAGCUUAUGCUCAUAUAAAUUGGUUAGUCUCUAAGGUGCCACAACUACUACUCGUUCUUUUUGCUGAUACGGCUUCCACUCUGAAACCUUUUCCUUUACUAAAUCUACUGCUAUAAGAGCUAACUUGGACUAUUAGAAAUUUCACAUAAGCUUGUCUUGUGUUCAUACCUUCCUGAACAUUUCUUAAAUGAAGAGGAAAGAUCCCUUUCUUGUAUUUGCCAGUUUUUUUUCCGUCACAGACUUUUUCCUUCUCUUUAUUAUUUUACAUUAAUUGGGGAUUUCCUUUUGUGCAGUAGCUCUUUCUUGCACAUAUUGGUCAAAAAUUUGUGGAAUGUCUAUUGCUAAAUUUGUGAAAUUGCUCCUGAUUCCCUAAACAGAGCAUAACAGUUGAAAAAGAAGCAAUUAGUGUCAUAUCUUAGGUUAAACAUUCUCAGACAAUGCAUUGCUAAAAAUUUCAAACCAAUAAUAAUAAUAAUAAUAAUUUUUGUCCUUGUAACCAUUUUAGAGACUUUCCUUGAUUACGGUCUUUUGUCCCUUACCUGUAUCAUGGAUAUGAUAGUCAUAGGGCCAGAUAGAAAGGUCUCAUUCAAAGGUAAUCCAUCUGUUGAUCAGCCAGCAAAUACAGUAUUAGAGAGUUUCUCUCCUCUGUCCUCACAUAUAAUGUAAUGUACUUGACUCCUAAGUAAUGUUUAAUAUUUGUGGAUCUUCACAAACACUAACGUAAUAAAUGUCACAGCGCCUAUAUGGUAUAUGUAAAUGUUCUUAUUCCCAUAACAAGUAGGGUCCCACAGGGAUCAGUUCUGGAUCUGGUUCUGUUCAAUAUCUUCAUCAGUGAUUUACAUAAUGGCGUAGAGAGUACACUUAUAAAGUUUGUGGACAGUACCGAGGUGUGAGGGGUUGCAAAUGCUUUGGAGGAAAUUGGGACAAACUGGAGUAAUGGUCUGAAGUAAAUAGGAUGAAAUUCAAUAAGGACAAAUGCAAAGUGCUCCAUUUAGGAAGGAACAAUCAGUUGCACACAUACAAAAUGAGAAAUGACUGCCUAGGAAGGAGUACUGCGGAAAGGGAUCUGGGGGUCAUAGUGGACAAAAAGCUAAAUGAGUCAACAGUGUAAUACUGUUGCAAAAAAAGCGAACAUCAUUCUGGGAUGUGUUGGUAGAAGUGUUGUAAGCAAGACACGAGAAGUAAUUCUUCCGCUCAACACCUGCGCUGAUUAGGCCUCAACUGGAGUAUUGUGUCCAGUUCUGGGUACCACAUUUCAGGAAAGAUGUGGACAAAUUGGAGAAAGUCCAGAGAAGAGCAACAAACAUUAUUAAAGGGGAAAACAUGACCUCUGAGGAAAAAUUGGGUUUGUUUAGUCUGGAGAAGAGAAGUCUGAGAGGGGACAUAACGGUUUUCAAGUACAUAAAAGGUGGUUACAAGGAGGAGGAAGAACAGAUGUGCUUCUUAACCUCUGAGGCUGGGACAAGAAACAGUGGGCUUAAAUUGCAGCAAGGGAGGUUUAGGUUGGACAUUAGGAAAAACUUCCUAACUGUCAGAGUGGGUAAGCAUUGGAAUAAAUUGCCUAGGGAUGUGGUGGAAUCUCCAUCACUGGGGAUUUUUAAGAGUAGGUUGGUCAAUCACCUGUCAAGGGUGGUCUAGAUCAGUCAUUCCCAAACUUGUUCCGCCGCUUGUGCAGGGAAAGCCCCUAGCGGGCCAGGCUGGUUGGCCUGGAGCAGUGAACCGUGGCCACUGGGAGCCGCAAUCGGACGAACCUGCGGAUGCGGCAGGUAAACAAACCGGCCCGGCCCGCCAGGGGCUUUCCCUGCACAGGUGUCGGAACAAGUUUGGGAACCACUGGUCUAGAUAAUACUUAGUCCUGCCAUGAGUGCAGGGGACUGGACUAGAUGACCUCUUGUGGUCCCUUCCAGUCCUCUGAUUCUCUGAUUCCAUUUUACAGAUGGGGUAACAGAGGCACUGAGAGAUUAAGCAAUUUCCCUACAUUCAACAGGAAGCUUGUCAGAGAUAGGAAUAGAACAGGGGUUCUCAAACUUCAUUGCACCGCUACCCCUUUCUGACAACAAAAAUUGCUACACGACCCCAGAAGCGGGGUCCGAAGCCUGAGCCUGCCCAAGCUCCACUACCCUGCCUGGGCAAGCCGAAGCCCGGAGGCCUGUAUCCUGAGCCCCGCUGCCCAGGUCUGAAGCCCGUGGGCUUUGGUCAGGGGCAGUGGGGCUAGGGUUUUGGCCCUGGGCCAGUCUAAGCCAGCCCUGGUGACCCCAUUAAAACAGGGUCGCAACUCACUUUGGGGUCCUGGACCCACAGUUUGAGAACCGCUGGAAAAGAACAUAGAUUUCCUGACUCCCUGUCCUGUACUUUAGCUGUGACUUUCUUCCUUCCCCAUAGUUUGUCAGUCAGAUUAAGUUCUCUGAUUUGUGAUUUAUCUGGCCAUAUCAUGCUAAUCUUUUGGGGGACUAAGGUGUGUUGCACAGUAAUUCUGACUUUUUCAUGGAUGGCUAUUCCAGUGGCCUGUGAAUUAUCUUUUU